AUGCUUUCGCUAGAAAGGCGUAAACUCAUUGAUCACUGCAGAGGGCACUCAGGUAAAAGGCCUUAUGAAUGUAAUGAAUGUGGGAAAUCUUUUAAUCGCAAAUAUUGCCUUGAGAGACACAGUGAAGUUCACACUGGAGAAAAGCCUUAUGAGUGUAAUGAAUGUGGGAAAUCUUUUAGUCGCAAGUAUCACCUCCAGAGACAUGGGAGAGUUCACAGUGGAGAAAAGUUCUAUGAUUGUAGUGACUGUGGGAAGUCCUUCAACCCAAGCUCUAGCAUCAUUCAACACCAGAGAAUUCAAAGUGGAGAAAAGCAGUAUGAGUGCACUUUUUGUGGGAAAUGCUUUCGCUACAAAUCUGUCCUCAUUAAACAUGAGAGAAUUCACACUGGUGAAAAACCUUAUGAAUGUAGUGAAUGUGGGAAGUCUUUUCGCCUUUCCUUUUCUCUCAUUCAACAUCGUAAAAUUCACACUGGUGAAAAACCUUAUGAAUGUAGUGAUUGUGGGAAAUUUUUCAGACAAAAGUCUAAACUCAUUGAUCACCGCAGAGGUCACACUGGUGAGAGGCCUUAUGAGUGUAUUCAAUGUGGGAAAUCUUUUAUUCGCAAACAUCACCUCCAAACACACAGGAGAGUUCACAGUGGAGAAAAACCUUAUGAAUGCAGCGAAUGUGGGAAAACCUUCGGAAAAAACUUUAACCUCCUUCAACACAGGAAACUUCACACUGGAGAGAGGCCUUUUGAGUGUAGUGAUUGUGGGAAGUCUUUCAGCCAAAGAUCUAACCUCUUUCAUCACAAGAGAAUUCACACUGGAGAAAAGCCUUAUGAAUGUUGUGAUUGUGGGAAGUCCUUCAGCCGAAGCUUUACCCUCCUUCAACACCAGAGAGUUCACACUGGAGAAAAACCCUUUGAGUGUAGUGAUUGUUUGAAGUCCUUCAACCAAAGGUCUGCCCUCAUUCAACACCAGAAACUUCACACUGGAGAAAAGCCCUUUGAGUGUAGUGAUUGUGGGAAAUCUUUCACACAAAGUAGUAUGCUCAUUUAUCACCGCAGAGGUCACACUGGGGAAAGGCCUUAUGAGUGUAAUGAAUGUGGAAAGUGUUUUAGACAAAGCUCUAGCCUUUCCCGACACCACAUAGUUCAUAGUAGAGAAAAGCCUUUUGAGUGAAGCAAAUAUUGGAAAAACUUUGGACAAAUCUUUUUUAAAAAUUCUAUUUUAAAUGGAUAAUAGGAGAGAGAGAGGUAGAAAUACUGACCUGUUGUUCACUUAGUUAUUCAUUUAUUAGUCCUGACCAGGGAUCGAUCCUGCCAUCUUCAGGUAUUGGAACAAUGCUU